AUGCCGUGCGACCCAGAGGUGUCCACGCGAGAGCGGACAGGCCUGGAGGUUUUGGAUGGCCAGCUCGAAACUAACAUGCCGGACAUCCCGGACCUCCACUUCAACGAAGGCGUCCCCGCGCUUCCUCCCACUCCUUCGAGCCCGUCGGGCGGAGGCGGCUCCAAGCCCGCGCUGACCACCCUCAACUCGCAUGCCAGCAUGUCUAGCCGUUCCUCCAACAAGUCCAUCCACAUGGACCGGAGUUCUACGCGGAAUAGCGUGUCAUUCCAGGAAGACCAAGUCUUGGCCUUGUUCCAGAAGUUUGAUGCCAACAGGGACAACUGUGUGAGCCAUGAGGAGCUGCGAUCUGUGCUACAGCAGCUAGCCGAUCCUUCGGACGUGCGGGGUGAGCGCUUCGAGGAGCUUCUGAGGCAAAUCGACACCGACGGCGAUGGCUUCAUCCAGCUGGAGGAAUUCAUGGCCUGGUGCUUCGCAAGCGGUGAUGCAUGGAAGCGGCUUCGAUGGACGUGCGAUUCGGUUGUGCACCUCGAAGUCUCCCGAAGAACUGCGGAGAAGUUGGCAGUGAGGAACAAGAAUAGACUUUCUCACUUCCACUGGCUCCAAGAACUUCUUGCCAUGGUUGUGGACGGCAAGAACAAGGGAAUGGCCACCUGCGUCGAGAGUCGCCGCCGUGGCACCCCGCUCUUUGCAGUGGCCGGUGUUUGCCCCAACAGCCUUUGUGGCAUGCAGGCGGUGAUGUACUGCAAGUUUGACAAAGACGUGGAUUUCUGGUGGAUAAAGCCGAAGGUGGACAAACCGGACCAAUUGGAGCGCAAUACCCUGGAUCUCCACAAGGAGGGUAAAUAUCGAAAUGCAACGGGGAAGUCGCGAGCUUUGUACCUGCCGUUGGCCGAGAAGUUUGCUGGAAGCAAAGAAGGUUCUUUCGAAUUCGGCAUGGACGACAAUGGCCGAGCUUUCAUCGAUGAGACAACUGCCACUGGCCGCUGCCGGAUGCUUCUCUACCUUGUGUGGCAGGAGAACUGGAGCAGUUUCUUCGCCUACAACAAGUUCAUCGAGGGGAAGCUCUUCUACCAGCGUGGACAGCCCUGGGAGUGCCCGGAGAGCCAGGCCAAGACCGCAGCACCUUUUUUUGCUCGUCAGUACCGCCUCGAAGGUGGCAGUCUUUCCAUCGCAGGGGUUGAGACCGAAGAGACAGUGCUCUCGCUGCUGCCGCCCAACGUCUGCCAGGAAAUGUUUUCCAUGUGA